GCAGCGUUAAAGCAGAAAGGCAAUUGCAGAUCCCACCUGUUGAAAAAAUUCCCAUUCAUGAAGAAUAGCCCUUGAUUGAGACCGUCACGGAGUUGAAUAGCGGUAUACUCAUGCGGAAACAGAUGUACACCCAUCCACUUCCGGCCAAGGAGAAAGGAAGUAUUUACGGAUACUAAAGUACCCUUGUCACUACAUCGCCUCAGCUCCUUCACGCACAUAAGGACCUGUUCUCCAGUAGCUCAGUCACCUUUCUCGCAAAAACUCAGUUCAACAUGAGAGCAUUCAUUUUCACAGAUCAGCUUGUCGAUGGGCAACAGAACCUUCCAUCUGCUAAAAGGAUAAAUGACACAUCCAUACUUCUGAGUGCCUUUUUGAUCAAGGCACAUGCUGCUUUACGGGAUGAGAUCAGCUUCCUACCGGGAGCAUGCCGUGCAAAGAUCCCACCAUUUAGCAGCAUGAUCGACCUGAUUGAGCGAUCACGCUCUCAGCGGGCCCAAAGAGUAGAACUUUCAAUAGCACUGCUCUGUGUCUAUCAAAUAUCACUUUUUCUCCAGAAUCCUGAGCGAUUCCCGUCCAAAUAUGAUAUUGUCGUAGGUCAUGGACCAGGUUUGUUGUCAGCCGUCGCUGUAGCGUGCUCCUCGACCGCGGUAGAGUUAGUCGAUCUGGCCGUUGAAGCUGUGCGCCUGGCGUUCCGAAUGGGUGCCAUUGUUACGAAGGUCAGUGGAGGACUUGAUCAGCCAGGUCACGAGCAUAAUCUCCAUCUCACUGCACAAGGCUCCCUAGGAGAUGUCAAUCGUGACCUGCACGCUAUCCAGGAUGAGCUAGAUAUUCCAAUGCCGUCUCGGGCUUACGUGUCACUUGCUGACCAAGGAACAUGCCUCAUCAGUGGCCAUGAAUCGCGGCUCGCGUUCCUGGCCUCGCGGCUCCGUGGGAGAGAUGUGCAGAGAACCACCAGUCUUAUCCCUGGGCUUUGGCACGCCCCUCAUCUGUACCAGGGCGAUGAUGUGGCUGAGGUACUGCUCCGGCGAGCUGAUCAUCUAAAUGGACUUUCGUCCCCUUGUCGCCCAAUUAUUUCCUCCCUAACAGGCAAAUUAAUCCAUGGCCACAACGGGCUGGCCGUCUUCGAACAGGCCGUGAACGAGACUUUAAGGGAGACCGCCCGUUGGGAUACGAUGCAGCAAGAACUCGCAGACAUGUUCCAGAAGAGUGAGGAGUCUUCAAUCGAGAUCUUUGCCUUGUGCGGAGAACAGGCCACCACAAAUCUCUCUAAUGCUCUUGAACGAGCAGGCAAAGGGGAGCCGACGAUCAUAAACCCAAUGUCAGAGUUCCUACCAUCGCGACCAAAUGGGCACCUGACCAAUGCUUCAAGCCAUGAAAAAGUCGCGAUCGUUGGGUUCUCCGGUCGUUUCCCAGGAUCUCCUGAUGUCGAAGCCUUGUGGAAAACCUUGGAGAAUGGGAGAGAUAUGCACCGAACGAUUCCCAAAGACCGCUUCCCAGUCGAGACGCAUUACGAUCCGACAGGAAAGAUAAACAACACUAGCCACACCCCUUAUGGAUGCUUCAUUGAGGAGCCUGGUCUUUUUGAUGCGCGAUUCUUCAACAUGUCCCCUCGUGAAGCCACUCAGACGGAUCCGAUGCAUCGCCUAGCAAUUGUGACGGCCUAUGAGGCCAUGGAAAUGUCUGGGUUUGUUCUUAAUAGUACUCCUUCAACCAUGGCAGACCGUGUAGGUACAUUCUAUGGCCAAACCUCGGAUGACUGGCGUGAGGUCAAUGCUGCCCAGAACAUCGAAACGUACUUCAUCCCAGGCGGUGUUCGAGCCUUUGCUCCUGGUCGGAUAAAUUACCACUUCGGCUUCCGUGGACCCAGCUAUAGUAUAGAUACGGCUUGCUCCUCGAGCUUCGCUGCUCUACACAUUGCCUGCACCGCUCUAAAGGCAGGUGAUUGUGAUACAGCUGUAACAGGAGGUGUGAAUAUUCUUACUGCCCCGGAUAUCUACGCCGGACUUAGUCGAGGGCAAUUUCUGUCCAGAACAGGAUCAUGCAAGACGUGGGAUCAGGGCGCAGAUGGAUACUGCCGUGCUGAUGCUGUUGCAAGUGUUGUCCUUAAACGGCUAGAUGAUGCUCUGGCAGAGAAAGAUCCCAUCUUUGGAGUGAUUCUUACGUCCGGUACAAACCACUGUGCAGACGCAGUGUCUAUCACCAACCCACAUUCCGGCAACCAAGCCGAGCUCUACGAGACUAUACUGCAUACAGCUGGUGUCGACCCUUUGGAGGUCAGUUAUGUGGAAAUGCACGGAACUGGUACACAGACCGGUGAUCUCGCAGAAACGCAAUCUGUGACACGCAUCUUUGCUCCUAAAGGUGCACGUACUGAGCGUGAGAAGCUCUACAUCGGAGCACUCAAGUCCAAUAUUGGCCAUAGCGAAGCCGCUGCCGGCAUAUCAUCGCUGAUCAAGGUCCUGAUGAUGAUGGAAAAGGAAGCCAUUCCACCUCAUGUGGGCAUUAAGACAACUAUCAACCCUCAGCUCCCUGAUUUCGACUCCCUCAAUGUUAAAAUUGCAUUCAAGCAGCAUCCAUGGCCGUCCGUGGCCGGAAAGCCUCGCGUUGCAUUCGUCAACAGUUUUAGCGCUGCUGGAGGAAAUACAGCUGUCCUACUCCAGGAGGCGCCAAAAUUGCAACCCGCAGAAGGCAAUGAUCCUCGCCCUGUCCUGCCUUUUGUCGUGUCAGCGAAGUCAUUAUCAGCGUUGCGCAACAAUACAUCAGCGCUCAUCGAGUGGAUAGACGAAAAUCUGGAUGUAUCUCUCGGAAGCCUUUCUUACAGUCUAACAGCUCGGCGGCUGCAUUACAGUAACCGUAUCGCUGUGAGCGCAUCUAGCCGUCGUGGGCUGAUUCAAGCUUUGAAGGCUCGCCUAGAUACAUCCAACGUGAGUCCAGUUCCAACAAAGCCCCCAAGGAUUGCGUUUGUCUUCACCGGCCAAGGUGUGUUCUAUUCAGGGAUGGCUCAACACUUGUACAAGCUCAGUCGUGACUUCCGCGAUAAGAUUCAGCACCUGGAUCACUUGUCGACUAGUCUCGGUUUCCCUUCCAUCCUUCCUGUUAUCGAAGAUAAGUGCACUACUGAGGACGCAUCUCCAACAGUGGCCCAGUUGACGCUUACUUGCGUUCAGAUGGCGCUUGUGCAUCUCUGGCAGUCUUGGGGAGUCCAGCCGACUGUGGUUAUCGGCCACAGCUUGGGCGAAUACGCUGCACUGAAUGCGGCUGGUGUAUUAAGCAGUGUGGAUACGAUUCAUCUCGUCGGACGCCGUGCCCGACUACUUGAGGAGCACACAACUGCUGGUACGCACGGCAUGAUUGCCGUCAAGGCAUCGGUUGAAGAACUUCGUCGAACCUCAGGUUUACCGACAUUUGACUUAGCCUGUGUCAACUCACCCAACGAGACUGUUCUCUCUGGAACAAGAGAGAAUAUCCACAAGCUGGAGCGAGGGCUGACCAAUGCUGGAUUUAAGUUCAAAGUUCUAGAUGUUCCGUAUUCAUUCCACUCGGCCCAACUUGAUACCAUUUUGGAGGAGUUUGAGGGGAUUGCAUCGCCUACGAUCUUCAACCGUCCCUGCGUACCAGUUGUAUCUUCACUGCUUGGCGAGGCUGUCUCCAGUGAUGGAAUUUUCAAUGCUUCAUAUCUGGCUCGCCAUGCUCGGGAGACCGUGAACUUUGUCGCGGGUGUUCAGAAUGCGGUGUACGAGAAACUUAUCGAUCCUAAGACUGUGCUACUCGAGAUCGGCGCCCAUCCACUCUGCUCAAGGAUGGUGCAGGCUACUGUCAGUAGUAGUAUGGUAGCUGUCCCAUCUCUUAAAAGGGACGAAGACUCCUGGACGUCACUGGUGGCUGCCACUACGGCGCUACACGCGGUUGGUAUUCCCAUUGACUGGCGUCAAUUCCAUUGUGAGUACAAUGUCUACCAUGAAUACCUCCGCCUUCCUCAAUAUUGCUUCGAUAACAAGAACUACUGGAUCGACUACGUGAAUGAUUGGUGUCUGCAUAAAGUUCAUCCACGGAAUGGCAAGGUCCUUGCGGCUGUUGAGCCGUCUUCAGACGUACCCAAAUUGUCGACGACCUCAGUGCAGAGACUUGCCUUCGAGGAGUUCAAUGGCGACAAAGCCCGGAUAGUGACGCAGUCCGAUAUGUCGGAGACAACAUUGCACGCGGCUGUCCGUGGACACAUGGUCAAUGACAGUGGGCUCUGCCCUUCGUCUCUCUAUGCGGACAUGGCAUUUACAGUUUGUGACUACAUUGCCCGUGAGCUUAAGCCUGGAGAAAACAACAUCGGUUUGAAUGUUGGGCAGAUGGAGGUUACGAAUCCACUGAUAGCCAAGGAUGACACGAACACUACCCAACUCCUCCAGCUCUCUGUCUCUGCUGACUGGGCCCACAAACAAGCAUCUCUUCAAUAUACCAGUGUGGACAAUAAUGGAAAGGAACUUGCGGUCCAUGCCAAAUGUGUAGUGACCUUUGAAGAUAGAGCUCGCUGGAUUCCAGACUGGGAAGAGAACACAUUCUGGAUAAGAGAUCGUAUCUCUAUGCUACAAGAAAAACUCGCGCGCAACGAAGCGGACAAAGUGUCUCGGGGUACUGCCUAUAAGCUCUUUGCCGGGCUGGUUUCCUAUUCACGUCCCUUCCAGGGAAUGGAAGAGGUAAUUUUUGACGGCAAAAAUGUUGAGGGUACAGCGAAGGUCACAUUCCAAACGGAGGAGAAAGAUGGCAAAUUUAUGGUUAGUCCGUUCUGGAUCGAUAGCAUCGCGCAUCUUUCAGGUUUUCUGCUUAAUGGCGGUGGUAUUUCUGGCCCAGAUGCGGUCUAUAUCUCUCAUGGCUGGAAGUCUAUGCGGUUGGCUCGCCCGUUGGAGCGCUCGAUAGUCUACACAUCUUACGUGAAGAUGCAGCCUGCACCAAACAAUGUUAUGGUAGGAAACGUGUACGUUCUCCACGGAGAUGAGAUUGUCGGUGUUAUCGGAGGAUUGAGGUUCCAGCGCAUUCCUCGCGAUAUACUCAAUCGCUUGUUGCCACCAGCUGCAUCAAAACGUGCGGCUCCAGCUCCAGCUCCAGUAGUAGAUACUACUAGGCGCCUACCAAUCACUGAGAGGCCAGAACCCACCCCCAAGACGUGUGAUUCUCAGCCAGCCUCCUCGACUCCUAACCCUAUCGAACAAGCCAUUAGAAUGAUCGCAGAGGAAUCAGAUUUGUCUCUAUCAGAACUACAGGAUGACUGUGAAUUUUCCAAUCUAGGAAUUGAUUCACUACUUUCCUUACAAAUCUCUGGAAGGAUUCGCGAGGAUUUAGGUCUAGAUAUUCAGGGGUCCGCUUUCUUAGAUAACGCCACGGUUGGCGAAUUCAAGAGAUACCUGCAGGAUUUUGUUGCAGCCGACACAGCAUCCACGUCAUCAACGUCCUCGAAAGAUGAUUCAUGGGAGGUAACUUCUAAGGUGUCACUGGAGUCUGACGACAUCCCCCCAAAAGAUGGACUGCCUUAUCAGAAGAAAGAGGCCAUCCGUAAUAUCAUUCGCACAACGAUUGCGCAGGAAAUGGAUAUUCCAUUGGAAGACGUGACUGCCUCAGCGGAUCUCAGCUCCUUGGGUUUGGAUUCACUAAUGAGUAUCACAAUUUUGGGCUCUCUCCGUGAGCAGACAGAUCUUGUGCUCCCCUCUUCGCUCUUUGUCGACUAUGGUACUCUCGAUGCGAUUGAGACAUUCCUUGAUCUCAAGACAUCUCCGGAUAACGUCCGUCCAGUCGGAGCCCCAAACACCACAAAGCCCAGUAGCACGAAGGCGAGCACAAGAGCCAGUGAAAGUGUGCCAAAUUCUACCAUAAACCGAACACCCCGAGCCGUGUCCAUCUUGCUUCAGGGCAAGCCGAGCAGAGCAGCGAAGACGCUAUUCUUAUUCCCUGACGGCUCAGGGUCGGCCACAUCGUAUGCAACAAUCCCACCAAUUGAUGCCAGUAUCGCCGUAUAUGGCCUUAACUGCCCGUUCAUGACCAAACCUUCCGAGUUCACUAUGGGUGUCCGGGGAGUUGCUUCCCUAUAUCUGAACGAAGUUCGUCGCCGCCAACCCAGGGGGCCUUACUACCUUGGUGGUUGGUCAGCGGGAGGAAUCGUGGCUUACGAAGUCACCCAACAAUUGAUCGCUCAAGGCGAAACCGUAGAGCAGCUGGUAUUCUUCGAUUCACCAUGUCCAGUCGGUCUUCCCGUACUGCCAAAACGUUUCCAUGUCUUCCUGGCCGAAAGUGGCCUUCUUGGAAGCAAUGGACAAGAUCCACCGUCCUGGCUACUUCCCCACUUUGAGGCGACCAUCCAAGCGCUCUCUGAGUACGAAGCCACACCUAUCCAACCUCACACAAAAAUCCCCAAGGUUCUCAUCAUCUGGGCACGAUACGGAGUGUGCCGCCACCCUACCCAGUCGCGGCCAGUAAAGACUGACGACGAACCGCGGAGCAUGACAUGGCUGCUAGAUAACCGUACCGACUUCGGGUUUAACGGAUGGGACAGUCUCCUUGGCACAAACUCGGUGCAAUUUAAGACUGUGGAUGGUAACCACUUCACCAUGCUGAACCAGGGCGAACAGGUAAUCACUAUGCCCCCCCUUCAUUAG